AGGCGUAUGGGUAUGAUUCAACAUGGCGGCACCCAUACUGAAGUGGAAGCGGGUGACAAAUACUACAGGUCCUGCUCCAAGACCUCGUCAUGGUCAUAGAGCAGUUUCUAUCAAAGAUCUGAUGAUCGUCUUUGGUGGCGGCAACGAAGGAAUUGUGGACGAACUUCAUGUUUAUAAUACAACCACAAAUCAGUGGUUUGUACCACCAGUGAAAGGAGAUAUUCCUCCUGGUUGUGCAGCCUAUGGCUUUGUUUGUGAUGGCACAAGGCUUCUGGUAUUUGGAGGCAUGGUGGAGUAUGGCAAGUACUCAAAUGAGCUGUAUGAGCUUCAAGCCAGUCGAUGGGAAUGGAAGAGGCUUAAACCUCGUCCCCCGAAGAAUGGAUUACCACCAUGCCCUCGUCUUGGCCAUAGCUUCACUCUUAUUGGUAACAAAGCCUACUUAUUUGGAGGACUUGCAAAUGACAGUGAUGAUCCAAAGAACAACAUUCCCAGGUACCUGAAUGAUCUCUGUACCCUGGAACUGAAACCAUAUUCUAGUGUAAUGACAUGGGAUAGUCCUCAAGUGUUUGGUCAACCUCCACCCCCACGGGAAUCUCAUACAGCUGUUGGAUAUUUUAGUUUUGACAACAAACAACCUCGUCUAAUCAUCUAUGGUGGUAUGAGUGGUUGUCGCCUUGGUGACUUAUGGCAAUUGGAAAUAGAUACAAUGCAGUGGCAUAAACCAGUGGUGAAUGGUAUUCCUCCCCUGCCUCGUAGUCUGCAUUCUGCUACCUUGAUUGGAAACAGAAUGUUUGUUUUUGGUGGUUGGGUCCCUCUAGUGAUGGAUGAUAGUAAAGCGGCAACCCAUGAGAAGGAAUGGAAGUGCACAAACACACUAGCUUCUUUGAACUUAGAAACAAUGACAUGGGAACCUCUAGCUAUGGAAGUGUUUGAAGAUGCCAUACCAAGAGCACGUGCUGGCCACUGUUCUGUUGCUAUCAAUAGUCGGUUAUAUGUCUGGAGUGGACGGGAUGGCUAUAGGAAAGCUUGGAAUAAUCAAGUUUGCUGUAAAGACUUGUGGUACUUGGAAACUGAAAAACCACCACUUCCAUCUCGUGUUCAACUUGUAAGAGCUUCAACAACAACUUUAGAAGUAUGUUGGGGAAGUGUUCCAACAGCAGAUGCAUAUUUGCUCCAACUCCAGAAGUAUGACAUGCCACCAGUUACUAGUGUUUCAGCAGCUUCUGUGAGUCAGGCAUCUACCACCCAGGCUGCUCAUCCACUUUCUGCCAUGACUACAACUCCAUCCUCUCAGCCAUUACCAUCACCAUCUACACCUACCACUCCAACAACCCCAACCACACCUGUCAGGAACCAGUUAUCGUCUUCUAGUGUAGCAGUUUCAACACCAAAAACGUCAAUGCAACCAUUAAUUCCACAGCAUUCUCCCAGUGUCCAGACUCGUUCAACAGUAGCAGUCACUCAUCCUACUGUUCGUCUUCCAGUUACCUCUACAGCAAUCCCAGUUGUUCGAGGAGGCACAAUGACAGUGGUUCAUACAAAAGCAUCUGGUGUAGUAGGAACACAACAAAUUCGAUUAGUGACAGCAGGUCCUAGUGGAACACAGGUUAUUAGGAAGGUAGCUGCUGUGAACCCGGUAACAACAGCAAAGACAACAGCAGUAGUAACCAGCAUGAGUGGGAUGGCAGCACUGGCUGCAGCUGCAGCAGCCACACAGAAAAUUACCAUGACAAUGACACAGACAACCCCAACAUCUAGUAACAUCAGGGUAGUGUCUCCAUCUGCUCUCACUCCACAAGGAGUAAGAAUUAAUCAUCCAGUUUCUGUGCAAGGUACACGUACUGCAAACUCUGCAACCAUCUUGAAGACGGCAGGUGGUACUCCUGGUAAACAGAUAAUCACAGUUCACAAAGCAGGAGCUACAUCUAGCCAACCUCAGAUAGUAACUCUAGUGAAAACAACCCAAGGAGUUACCGUGGCAGCUAUGCCAAAAGUAAGCUUAAUUCAAGGAAAGGCAGGUACUCUUCAAGGACAUCUGCAGUCAAAAACGAGCAUUCCUCAAGGAGCUACUAUUGUGAAGCUAGUAACAACACAAGGUGGAAGUAUUGUUGGCAAACCAGGAACUGCAAUAAUCACUACACAAGCUGGCACCACGCAGCCUAAAAUUCUUGGAAUAUCAUCAAUUUCACCACAGGGAACUAUUCAGACACAAAAGAUGUUAAACACGAUUAUUCGCACACUGCCGUCAAACGUCCUCUCUGUUGCCAAACCUGGGAGUGCAACAGUAUUAGGUUCAACUACCACGGGUAAUGUACCAAAGCAAACAAUAGUCAUUGCAGCACCUAAAGGAAGUCAGCCAGGCACACCAGCUAAAAUAUUGACUACUUUCCCAAAACUGUCUUCACCUUCCUCUCAGAUCAUUGUAGUCACUACUCAUCCACAUUUGAAAACAGUAAUGGCAGGGGCUGCCACUGUUGAGGCAGGGAGAGCUCGAACAGGAACCUCCACAGUGAAUGUUCUUCCAAUCUCGGCUGGAACACAGUUGAAAACUGUGAAUACCUCAAGUGGAAUAAAGAUGAUUGUUGUGUCUGGAGCUGGAAUUGGUGCUGGUCAGCAAGCUAUUACUAUUCUUACCACAAAUUCAUCUUCUUCAGGUGUUCAAGGUGUAUCAACAGUAACAUCGCCCAUUGCUAUCACCGUGCCAGCAUCUCCUUUGCAUAGUGGAGCAAAAACAGCAACAUUUGCGGUUCCUGAAAAGAGUACUACCAGUACUGUUCAGCAGCCAGGGAGCUCUCAAAUAUUAGCUGUUCCUGCACAAGGAAUUCUACCAACAGGAAGUCAUGCAAUAACACUGAAGACGAAAUCUGGAACUACUCAAAAAGUACUAACCAUCGUAACCACUCAGCCGUCACUCGGUAGUACACCUCAAGCUCAGGUCACUGGUAGUCAACCCAGUCCUUCAGUUUCAGUUGUCACUACACAGGCUCUGAGUGGGGUUCCUAUAUCAGCCAUUGGGAAUUCGGCCAAGGUGAUGAUCGUUUCAGCACCAACAACAAGCCAAACCCUGGUGACAGCUGAUAAUAUUGGAACAACAGGUGUUCAACUUUCAGAAUCUCUUGAAGGAGCUGGAGAUUCAGUUGACCAGAAAGCACUAGCUGCAACUGACCUUGAUCUCACUCAGGCAGCACAGCUUAUAGCAAAUCUUGUAUCUAGCAAAGAAGCAUCAGCAGUGGAAAUGCCUUCACAACUUUCUUCUGUAGCCAUGGAAACUGACGAUUCAGAGAGUGCUCUGGAUCAGUCUACUGUGUCUCAUAUGACAGAACAGGAGGAAGUGGACACACUUGAACCUAUGGACAUACACUACACGCAAAGUGAUGAUGGGCUGAUGAGUUCCCUUGAGUACAGAGAAAAAGUACAUGGUGAUGGUAUAAACAUUAUCAAUGGGGAAGGAUAUGAACAAUUGUCUUGUACAGAUGAUCAACAUUGUGGUGAGGAUCAGCAACCUUGUAUAGAUAAGCACUGCGAUGAAGGAAACAAGUGCACAGAUGGAAUACAUUGUGGUGAAGAGAAGGAAUGUGUGGAUGGUAAGCAUUGUGGUGAGGAAAAAGAAUACACAAAUGGUACACAUUAUAGCCAAAAACAAGAAUGUUCUGAUGGGAUACAUUGUGACGAAGAAAAAGAAUGCACAGAUGGUAAACAUUGUGGUGAGGAUAAAGAAUGUUCUGAUGGGAUACACUGUGGUGAAGAAAAGGAAUGUACAGAUGGAAUACAUUGUGGUGAAGAAAAGGAAUGCACAGAUGGUAAACAUUGUGGUGAGGAUAAAGAAUGUUCUGAUAGUAAACACUGUGGUGAAGAUAAAGAAUGUACAAAUAGGAAACAUUGUGGCGGGGAUAAAGAAUGUACAGAUAGGAAAAGUUUUGAUGGUGAUAAAGAAUGUACAGAUGGAAAACAUUGUGGGGAGGAUAAAAAAUGUACAGAUGGGAAACAUUGUGGGGAGGAUAAGGAAUGUACAGAUGGAAAAAGUUGUGGAGAGGAUAAACAGUGCAUAGAUAAAGACUGUGGUAAAGAAAAGGAUUUUACAAUUGAUAAAAGUAAUAGUGAAGAACAAGAUAAUAUAAACAACAAACUUUCUAGUGAAGAAGCAAAAAGUAAAAAUAAUAAACCUUCUGGUGUGGACAAUGUGGCAGGACAGAAUCCUUCCAAAAGGGAAAUCAGAGAAGCUGUUGAUACUCUGGCAUCUAAGGAAAUUUCAUCAAGUGAUGAUUCAGCUCAAAAUGUUACAGAUUCUGAAACACAGGGUAGUAUACAAUCACAACUCACCCUAGAACGUCCUGGAGCAAUGCCACCAGCCCAGAUGUGUGCAGAUGAUCCAGAGGAACCAACUGUGGGCUCAACAGAAACAAAUAUCUCCUCACAAGAAGCUAAGGUUUCUUUGUCAACCUCACAAGCUAACUCUGAAACUGAGAUGGAAGUUGACUCAACUACACAAACGAGUGCAGAAAAUUUAGGUUCUGGUAAUUCUGUUUCUGAAUCCUCUCAGCCUAUGGACACCUCAGAAGCAAUUUUAUCAAAAACUCAAACUUCAUACAAAGAUCAUUCAGAAAUCUCAAACAUUGCAAGUGUACAGUCAACUUCUGUAACUCUCUCUUUACAACCAACCCCUGUAGCCUCAACUACAACAACUGUUACACAGUCUGAAGUAACCUCUACUCCAGUGUUGUGUACCCCACAUUUGUCUGCUGAUAGUGGUACCUCAUCUAUAUCCAACAUAGCAUCAGCCUCAACAGAUAACAAUACAGUGUCAUCUGCUAUGGCCUUGCACACUAAAGUAGCCAAUGUGUCUGGUAAAUCUUCAACAGUUAGUUCAUCUACCAUAUCCAUGUGUUUAACUGAAGAGAAAACCUCAGAACCAGCAGUUAUGGAUGCCUCUGAUCCUCUUGCAACACUUGCUAGUGCUGCCAUCUCAUCUGCCAGCGAUAUGGCUGAAGCUGAAGAUGCACCUGUUAAACACGAAUCAACAAAAGACGAGUCUUCUGAUAAUACCAACUUAUCUAUUGAAUCUUCAACUCCAGUUGUUAAAUCAGAACCCCUUGAAGAUAAAGUGGGCAUCCCAAUAUCUGAAGUAACUCCAAAAAUUGCGAUAAAAAGAGACAGUCAUUGGUAUGAUGUUGGAUUCUUCAAAGGGAAUUCUGCACAAGUUACCCAUUUUUUCCUACCCUCUGAACAGUCUGAGAGAAAAGAAGAUGACAUUGAUGUGGUGUCAGUUCCCAAUCACUCUAUGCUCAAGAAACAAGAAUUGCUUCCAGGAACAGCCUACAAAUUUCGUGUAGCUGCCAUUAAUGCAUGUGGUCGUGGUCCUUGGAGUGAAAUUUCAGCCUUUAAAACAUGCUUACCAGGUUUUCCUGGAGCUCCCUCUGCGAUAAAAAUCAGCAAGGGGGCAGAUGGAGCACACUUGUCAUGGGAAGCUCCACAAAAUACAUCAGGAGAAAUUACUGAGUACUCUGUUUACCUUGCUGUGAGGUCAGCCACUACAGGUGGACAGGGGGAUGGAGCUAAGACCACAGUGACAUCUAACCCUUCACAACUUGCCUUUGUAAGAGUUUAUUGUGGCCCUAAGGCUACAUGUACGGUAAACAACAACAGCUUGGCCUCUGCCCAUGUGGAUACAACCAUGAAACCUGCCAUUAUCUUUAGGAUAGCUGCUCGCAAUGAAAAAGGUUAUGGUCCUGCCACACAGGUCAGGUGGUUACAAGAUGGUGCUCCUGCUGCAGUGAGAAACUCUGUUGCUGUCAAAAGGCCAGCCACUUCAUUAGAAGGGACUUCCAAGAAAGUAAGGACUGACUGAAGAAGGGAAUCUGUGAUUCUAUUAAGGUCUGCACCGUGGGACCCAGUCCUUUGUAGAUUUAUCGAUUUUACCUUGAGGCCCAUACAGCAUGGUGUACAGUUGAAUUGGUGGUUUUUACUACUCUGGUGUCCAUCUCAUACAAUUAAGUUUGAUUACUGGAGGAUGAUUGGCUAGUAAAUACUGGUGUGAGAAGUAUGAUUACGUGUCUGCUAUAACUAAAAGAGAUGGUAAACUUCUGAAGUGUAUCCUGAUUAGUGUUUAUUGAAUUGCUGUGGUUCUGAAUUGGAUUUAUGUAAGCAGCCAGAAUAAGACAUCUUUAAGAAUUUGAUAUGGAUGUCAUUAAAAAUAUCAGAACUAUUGUAUUUAAACUGAAGAGCAAAAAAAAAAACCUUUAUUUUUAUGUGUUUUAAGAGCCAUCAAUUCUUGUGUGAAGUGUACCUAAGGUCAAACUCUUUUACAGAAAUUUUAUGCAAGAGUUAGUUGGAACAUUGAAAGAAAAUAUUUGUUUGAUGGAUAUAUAUUAAGUGAAGAUUUUGUAUACAAAGUUUUUACCAGAAAUUAGAGAUAACAGUUGAGUCUCAAGUAAAAUUUUGUGGCUUAAAGUGUAUGAAUGUAAGCCACAUUUAGAGAUCUGACUUUCUUUUUAUUUAGUCAGCAUAUCUUGACCUCUUUCUCUAAUAACAGUGGUGAUAAAAAUUCCCUAGGGCAUGUACAGUUUCAUCACCACAUGUGUCCUGUGUUUUCUGAAUGUUUGUUCGUCUGAUUGUUAUAGUAAGUUCCAUAAUUUUGGGUUCAUCUGCUUUCAUAACAUAAACCAUUAGUGCUUGGCGAUUGCAUCAAAUAUAUCUAGUGCAUUUCUGUUCAUAAGAAAGCACUUAAAUAUUUUCUUUUUGUGACAUAUCCUUACUACUAUACAUAGAGUAUUUCUGAAAAGGAAAUUCUAUUAGUGUUGUAAUUUAGGGCUUUCUGUGCCUGAUUAAUAGUAAUAUUUUUCAUAGUAGUGUAAUGAAUGGCACGAUAAUGUUUUGUACAUUAAAUAUAUGUUUGGGGACUGUUUUUAUUUUCAUUAUUUUCUCUCAGUUUUGCUUUCAUUUCGUAUGCCUCGAAAUAAUCCUACGAGUAGAAACUAUACAAGUUUUAAAGAUUCUAAAAUGAAAUGGUAUGUUGGCUUUUAAAUCAAGAAGGUUUCCCGAAUAAGUGUAUAUUAAGUAGAAAAUUAACCUGAGACAAGAGUUAAAUUACAUGUUUCAACUGCCUUUCUCUUAGAGAUAGAUGUUGCUGUCAUUACUAUUAUUCAUUUUAAACCUUUAUUAACCCUUAAAAAUAAACUUUUCUAUUAAUUAUAAACCCAGCAAAUAAACUUGUCGCGAUCAUGAAGUAUGUUUACAGAUUGUCUUUUGUUUUAUUUUUGGCCUAAACUAAAAUCAAACUUAGUUUAAUACUGGAAAGACAAAAAACUGCUUUUCAUAUAUGGUGAAUUCUGACAUGAAGUUAAUUAAUCCUGGCUUUUUUAUUAGAUUGUUUUUGGAUUAACUGUGUCACAGCUUAUCCACCAUCUACAAGAAUUAGAGAUAUAUAGUGAUGUGAAAAAAAAAAAAAGGUUUUUAUCUUUCAUAUUUUUGAUAUAAAGAAAGAUAACAUAUGUAAGGAGAACUUUGGUAAAGAGGCUUAACUCACUAGGAAAGAAAUAAUUUAUUAUAGGUGGGGCUUGAUUUUAAGAUCAGUUGAUAUGUGUAUUUUAGGUAUUAUGAGCUUAUCUUCUAAAUAUAAUUAUCUUUUGUUCUUAGCCAUCUUUUUUAUUUUUUUCCCUAGUUUUGGAAAUGCAGUUUUGAAUUGUGUUGGACUAUUUCAUCCAUAUGUAACUUUUCUUAUUUCAAAUUGUAAAAUAUGUUGAUUAUUAGUGAUAAAUUUUUUUGGCUGUUAAAUGUAUGUAUAAAAGAAAUCAGCACCUAAAAUUUCUUUAAAUCAAUUAUUUCAAGUGGAGAAUAUUUCUAUAUAGCUUGCAUUUUUGUGUAACAAGAAUAUCAUAGUUUUAAAUGUGUUCUAAACUAAAAGUUUUUUGCACACCAAAUGCCAAUCGUCUCAUGAGUAGAUUUGAAACUUGCUGUAACUUACAGUAAGUUGUACCGUGUGUAAACGUGGUUACUUUGCAAACUGGCACUUUGUCAUUGUGUGAUGUUUAACACCCACAUUAUCGUGUUACAAUCAUUGUGCUGUGCUUCAUCUUUUCUUGUAACUUGGUUUCUGUACUCUGAAUAAAGUAAGCUUUUAAGAAACCAUUGAGUACAAA